GUCACCUGUAACGCUGUGACGUAUUUCCUGUCAACAAAAUCAGAGCCGGUAAAAUUUCGAAGGUUAGGAGUUCUGGCUGUCCCUGAGGACGUUCCUCGCUGGAUUUUCCUCCUCUGCUUCAGCCUGGGAGACCAAGGAGGAGUCGUCUCCUCAUGACAUGGUGGAAAAGCGCCGCUGCACGCCGUCAGAGAACCCCCCCCCCCGGCGUGAGCUGCUGUCUUUCACCUCGGACUCUGAAUCCAGAUUCAUCUGAACUUUUGCUUACCUGACCGUCAGACUCACCUGUGGAUCUGGCAGCAAACCAACUUCCUCCAAACUGACAAUAAAGACUAGAACUUUGUCCUGCGCAUGUCUCAGCGUGGAACAAGUUAAAGGCGGCGAAACAUCACUGGGUUUGCAUGAGGAGGGGACCACCAGCAUCAACACAGAGGACCGCCCCCAAAGCCAGAAAACCAACAACCUUCCUGAUGUGCACAGCUGACGGGGAACACACUGAAGGUUUUCAGUCCAAUCGAAGGCGAUGAAGGACUCGGCGCUGGCUGAGCUGCUGGCCUGCCUCUGCCAGACGGACACGGAGAACCCUCUUCCUCUGUGGCAGCAUGGACUCAUCGGCCCCUGCUUUAACCAGCUGGUCCUGGGGGCCCUCCCUCAUGCUGGGAUGGCGGUCGUCAGCGCCUACUAUCUUGGCAUUGCGAGAUGCAGCGUCCCUCAGGCCUGUCCUCCGUGCGGUUGGACGCUCAGGAUGGUCUCGGCGCUGCUGCUGGCGUUGCUCUCCGCUGCGGAUGUCCUGCUGGCGUCCGUCCUCCAGCGGGGUCGCAUGUACCUGGACGUCCUGACUGACGGCUGUGGAGUCCUGGCCUGGCUGCUCCACCUUGCCGCCCUGCAGGUCCUCCUGAACACGGCUCACAGGAGAACCAGAGGACCUCCUGUCCUGUUUUUCAUGGUUCUUCUGUUGGUCCCUAACCUCGUCCUCACGUUGAUGCUUUACUGUGACGAUGAGGACUUUCUGAGUCUCACCAAACCUUUCAAUCUGGCCAGAUUUGUCCUGGCCUCCACCCGGGCACUGUUCUUUCUCCUUUACCUCCUGGCGUUUGCAUUUCCGUGCGUCAGGGAUGCCGGAUACUCGCUGCAUGUGGACGCUGAAGACGGCUCGGCAGUGGAGCCGGGGGGCAGCCGGCCGAGCACCGGGGAGAUGGUGGCGGAGGACGGCAGUGGCUGCGUCUCGCGGCUCUUCUACCUUUGGCUGAGCCCUCUGCUGGCACGAGGCCGUCGAGGGGAGCUGAACAGACCGGCCGACGUUUACCACCUUCCGUGGAAACUACGGACCCGCGUGGUUUGCGGACACUUCCAUCAGUGCUGGGAAGCCUGUCGGGGGGUCGGGAUCAGGGACCGUGUGGACCAGUGGCCCAAACCGAUUGCCAGAAACUUCAGGAAAGACGACCAAAGCUCCCAGUUCCAAGGGGUUCUGGAGCUGGAGGGGGAUGUGGGAUUUCUGCGCGUGUUGCACAAGGCCUUUGGUUUGAGGUUUUACCUCCUCGGUGUCCUGAAGGUGGCGGUGAACGUGUCGACCUUCGCAGGUCCGCUGCUCCUCAGCACUCUGGUGAACUUUGUGGAGGAAAAAGGAGCCCCGCUCCAGACUGGGGUUUUAUGUGUUUUGGGACUUUUCCUCAGCGGCCUCUUAGGUUCUUUCCUCCAAAACAUUUUUGUUUUUGAGGUUUGUAAGGUGGCGCUGUCGGCGCGCGCCGCUCUGGUGUCGGCGGUGUACGGGAAAGCCCUGCGGGUCAGCAGCUGCAGCCUGGCCGGCUUCAGUCUGGGCGAGGUGGUGAACCUGAUGAGCACGGACACGGACCGCGUGGUCAACUUCUUCAACAGUUUCCACGAGCUGUGGAGCCUGCCCUUCCGCUUCGCCGUCACCCUGUACCUGCUCUACCUGCAGGUGGGCGUGGCUUUCCUCGGAGGACUCUGCGUGGUUCUGGUUCUGGUGCCUCUCAACAAGUUCCUGGCCUCCCGCAUCCUUCGCAGCAACGAGCGCAUGCUAGAGUGCAAAGACAACCGCGUCAAGUUGAUGACGGAGGUGUUGUUCGGCAUUCGUGUCAUCAAGUUCUAUAACUGGGAGGCUCACUUCAGCCAGAAGGUCGCGGCCUGCCGCAGAGAAGAGCUGAGCCACCUGAGAACCCUGAAGUACCUGGACGCCGUCUGCGUGUACACCUGGGCCGCCCUGCCCGUGGUCAUCUCCAUCACCAUCUUCCUGAUCUAUGUGCUGCUGGGGCACCAGCUGACCGCCGCCAAGGUGUUCACCACCAUCGCCCUGGUGGGAUUGUUGAUCAUUCCCCUCAACUCCUUCCCCUGGGUGCUCGGCAGCAUUCUGGAGGCCAAGGUGUCUCUGGAACGGAUCCAGCGCUUCUUCAAACUGACCAAUCAGGAUCUGCAGGCUCACUACGCCCUGGGUGUGUGGCAGCUUCAUCGCUCUGUGUCUCCUGAAGACGCUCGGAUCUCGGUUCUGCUGAACCAGGCCGGAUUCUCCUGGACCGGACCCAACGGCGCCGCAGAGGGAGGAGCUGAACCUGCAGCUUCCAGAGGAAGUCUGCAGCUGCACAGUCUGAACCUCAGUGUGACAAAGGGCUCUCUGGUCGUCGUGGUGGGAAAGGUCGGCUGUGGGAAGAGUUCCUUGCUUUCUGCUCUGACUGGAGAACUUCACCGGCUGAGCGGCGUGCUGUUCGUUGCAAACAGAGAAGCUGGCUUCGGCCUGGCCGCUCAGGAACCUUGGAUCCAGCACGCCACCGUCCGAGACAACAUCCUGUUUGGAAAAGACUACGACGCCGUCUUCUACCAGGCUGUGAUCGAGGCCUGCGCGCUGCAAGAUGACCUCAGUAUUUUACCCAAAGGCGAUAAGACGGAAGUGGGUGAGAACGGAGUGACUCUGAGCGGAGGACAGAAGGCUCGGCUGGCCCUCGCCAGAGCUGCUUACAUGGACAAAGACAUCUACCUCCUGGACGACCCGCUAGCCGCUGUAGACACGGACGUAGCCAAACACCUCAUGAAGAAGUGCAUCCUGGAGCUUCUGAAGGGGAAGACCAGAAUCCUUUGCACCCACCGCAUCGAGUUUGUGGACCAAGCGGACGUGGUGGUCCUCAUGGACAACGGGACCAUCAUCCAAACGGGAACUCCGGCAGAGAUUCUUCCUUUAGUCGCGACGGCGGUGAAAACGAGGGCGAGCGAAGACGACGAGAAGAAAGAUGGCGUCAAACAGGACGAAGACGAUGAGCUCAGCUCUCCACCUGAUGUGCGCGUUGAGGAUGACUCCGAUCCUGUGGGCGGCGAGCAGAAGCAAGCGGGCGGGCUGGCGUGGAAGGUUUACCGAACCUACUGGACCUCCAUGGGGGGGGUCCUGGCCUCCUCUGUCCUGUUAUCUCUGCUCCUCAUGCAAGCCUCAAAGAACAUCUCUGACUGGUGGCUCUCCUACUGGGUUUCUUCACUGCGAAGCAACGCUUCCAGCUGGAUUAACGGCUCCUCUUCAUCGGCCGUCACAUCCCCUCAUCUGCUGCUCUUCUCAUCUGCUGGGCUGCUAUCCGCUCCGCCUGUGCACGGUCCUCUCUCCAACGACACCAGCCGGGACGUCCGGUUCUUCCUGACCGUCUACGGUUCUGUUGCAGCAGCAAACACCGUCUUCACGGCGCUCAGAGCCUUCCUCUUCGCCUACGGAGUCGUCCGCGCCGCCUCCGUCAUCCACGACAGACUGUUGGACCAGGUCCUUCAGGCCACGCUGACCUUCUUUGACACCACUCCGUUGGGGCGUGUCCUCAACCGCUUCUCCUCGGACUUGUACACGGUGGACGACAGCCUGCCGUUCAACCUGAACAUCCUGCUGGCCACCGUCUUCGGGUUCCUGGGCUUGCUGGUGGUGGUCUGCUACGGCCUGCCGUGGGUCCUGGUUCCUCUGGUCCCGCUGGCUCUCAUCUACCACCGCAUUCAGAACUUCUACAGACACACCUCCAGGGAGCUGAAGCGCCUGUGCAGCCUCACCCUGUCGCCCGUCUACUCGCACUUCUCAGAGACCGUCACCGGGCUGGGGACCAUCCGGGCCAGCGCCAGCUCUGCCAGAUUCGAAGAGGAAAGUGCUCGCUGUCUGGAGCAGAACCAAAGGUGCCUGUUUCUUAGCAACGCAGUCAUGCAGUGGCUGCAGAUCCGGCUGCAGCUGCUGGGCGUCGCCGUGGUGACGAGCCUGGCGGUGAUCACCGUUCUCCAGCACCAGCUCAGCUCCGUGGACUCAGGUCUGGUGGGCUUGUCCCUGUCCUACGCGCUGUCCAUCACCACUCUGCUGGCCGGCUUCAUAUCCAGCUUCACGCAGACGGAGAUGCAGCUGGUCAGCGUGGAGCGGACCGAGGAGUACUCCUGCGGCCUGCAGACCGAGCCGCAGGGUCAGAACGCUCAGCUGCCCCCCUCAUGGCCUGAGCGGGGCAUGGUGGAGUUUCGAGACGUGGUGCUGGCCUACAGGGAGGACCUCCCCAACGCUCUGGAUGGCGUGAGCCUGCUGGUGCGGCCCGGUGAGAAAAUCGGCAUCGUGGGUCGCACCGGUUCUGGCAAGUCCACCAUGUUUCUGGCUCUGUUCCGGAUGGUGGAGAUCAAGCAGGGCCAGAUCCUCCUGGACCAGCUGGACGUUGCCACCGUGGGCUUAGCUCAGCUCAGGUCUAGGCUGGCCAUCAUUCCUCAGGAUCCGUUCCUGUUCAGCGGAACCAUCAGAGAGAACCUGGACCCGUGUGGGCGGCACCAGGACCAGCAGCUGCUGGACGUCCUGGACCAGUGUCACCUGGCCGCUGUGGUCGGCAGGAUGGGCGGUCUGGAGGCGGAUGUCGGGGAGCGAGGGAGACGCCUCUCUGCAGGACAGAGGCAGCUGCUGUGUUUGGCCCGAGCUUUACUCACCCAGGCUAAAAUCCUGUGCAUCGAUGAAGCCACGGCGUGCGUGGAUCAGAGGACGGACACGCUGCUGCAGCGGACCAUCAGGGAGAAGUUCCAGGACAGGACGGUGCUGACCAUCGCCCACAGGAUCAACACCAUCAUGGACUGUGACCGGGUGCUGGUGAUGCAUGCUGGGAAGGUGAAGGACUUCGACACGCCCGCCGCUCUCGGCCAAUCCGACACCUCGGUCUUCCACGGGCUGGUGGGAGAGCUCGGAGAAUGAAGAGACCAAAAAAACCAAAAAACGGAGUCUUUCUUCUUUUUCCGGGUCCGGCUCAACGCCGUCACGCUUUGCACAUUUAUGUGGAAUCCAGACCAUAAGGUCAGAGGUGAAACCGAUCCAUGCUGCUUUGGUCCGCAGACUCUGGACGAGCCAGAAAACUGUCUUAAAGCUAAAAUAAGUUUUUUUCUGUUUCAGCUCUGCUUCUGUUUUUCUGAAUCACUGAUCAGCUUUUGGUGGUGAAAACGAAUGACGGUCAAAAUGUGCUCUUCUAUGUCUGAUGAUGCUGUUUUUUUUAGACAAAAUCCAAAAACUUGUCGUUUUCUAGGACAUAGUUUCUGCAGAGCAGCAGGAGUUCAUUUGAAAUCCACCUUUGAGGUUUGGGUGCGGAGCAACCCCGCCCCCCUUCCCCUUUUUUUUAAGCUUUAUGUUCUUUAUACGUGUCCUCCAGCAUCACAAGAACAAGUUAGAAACACUGUUUUCAUUGGCUUUAAAUUCUCGUCGAGGAUCCAGAGGAGGAUUUUUUUUUUAUCUGGUUUUUCUACAAACGGCAGAAGCUUUGAUGAACCGGCUGCACGUAGUUCUGAAGACACGGCGAUCAAAUCAGCAGAAAAGCCUCUAAAUGUCAGAAAAACUUCCAUUCAUGUGUUUGCUUUUGGGGUUUUGGGGUUUAAAAAACUGUAAUUUUAUAAAUUAUUUCCAAAGUGGAACCAAGAGUUUGUUUACAUGUAAACACUGGAAGACGAAGUAAAAAACUCAAGUGUUGAGCCGGUGAGUUUGAAAAAUGAAGAUUUUUGACCCAAAAGUGAGAACCAACAGAACCGAUGUGCGGAUCAGUCGGGUUCCUCCUUAAACGGCAGAGCAGGAAUCUGACCCAAAACAAAACAAGCCUCUGUGCUUCAGAACCGGCAGACGUUGGUUCUGGUUCCGAUGUGAGAGACCUGAUGAAAAGGGUUCUGGUCCACACGGAUGAUCAGGUGUGCGGGCAACACUUACCUGGGAGGCAAAAAUGCCAGGGUGCAUCAUGGGAAAAAGCCAUACAGGUGGUGGAAGUGUGAUGAUUUGGGUUGAUCUUUAUUUAAAAGACAACAAAUCCAUUUUAGAUUUUUGUUUUUAUUUUAAUAUAAAAAUUCCUGUUUUCAAUGCAAGUCUCACAUUUGUGACGUUUACAUCAACAGCUUUAUGAAAACUAAACAAAAACAACCUUUUAGAUGGAAAUCUUUUUAAAUCUAAUUAAACCAGAAUUUAGCUUCAAAUGAUUCGAUUCUGUGUUAUAGCAGAGAUGCUAGCUCUAUAUGGCGCCUCAUGCGGACCGUGUUCACUGAAACUGAAUGUCUAUUGGCUGUGAGCAGAAUGAUGUCAGAACGUUUGGUCCAUGGAGACUCCAUCCACUACAGAGCAAGCCGCCAUAUCCGGACUGAGCGUGACGUCGUCCGUAGAAAACGGUUUACCUCCAGCUCCAACCAAAUGAAGUCAGUUCAGUCGCCAUGUUGGAGCCAGACUCAUCAGUGAUGGUGAUUGAAGGUCUGAAUCCAGGUUUCUAUGACAACCACUCUCACCAAUCAGGAGUGAUCUUAUUGGGAGAACACACCCCUACCACGUAAACAGUGUAUGUGGGGGGCAGCAGGCUCCACCUACUUUUAUUGGGGCAUCUGAUUGGUCAGUUAAUAACUGACAUGACUUAUCUGAGCAAGAAUGUUUCUCUUGACCAACUGAUUGACAGCUGUGUAUUUCUCUAUAAACGUCUAUGGGAUUUAGGUUUCUUGGAGCCACUUCCUGUUUAGAACGCCAUUGGGGGGGUGGAGUCACUCAGUCCAGUUCUCUUAUACAGUCAAUGAUUCCUACUGAAUUAUGCAAAUGAGGCAUUUCAAAAUAAAACAUGCUAUGAACAAUUGGACAUAGAUGUUAUAUCUGCUCUUUCUUCAUAAACACAAGAUGACAACAACAACAAUUUGAAUUGGCCUAAUACGUUUCCAUCACUGUAGUGUAUUUAUCAAAUAUUUUUUAAUUAAUAAUUUGACUAUUUGACCAUUUGACUUUUUUAGACAGCCCUGAGUUAAAAAGUGUGCAAAGAUCAUUAAUUUUAUUAUUUUUAUAACUUUUUUCUAAAUAAAGAUUGUAAACUUGCUGCUUUUAUUCAAAUCAAAGAAAAAUGUUGACACGAUUCUGAAAAAUGUACAAAGACAUUUUUAAGUCUGUCAUUCAUCACGCAUUGAAAUUAACCAGCAAAUGUGGAGAAGCUACCAAAAUGAACCACAUGCCUGUCCUGACCCGGGUCAGAGUUCAGGACUCUGAACUUCCUGAACAGAAAGACCAGAAGUCAAAGAAACAUCUGGAUUCUCCUCAGAACAACCAGAGUCCUGCUGAGGGAGCAUCCCCAAACUCCUGCAGGAUCCAGGUGAUCCAGUCUGAAAACCAGCAGGACUUUGGAGCUACAGACAGAUGCUGGAAAAUCCACAGCGACGUCCACACAGGGAUUUUUCCUUCAAUGAAGAAGAUUGUGGUUUAAAUAGAGUUUAAAUGUACUCCGAAUACUUUGAUGUGAUCCUGAAAUGCUGACAGGAAAAGACUCUUUGUUGUGACUGAAGUGAAACCUGUGGGAUUAAAUGAGAAUGCGUCGUC